AUGAACGGGGCGAGAUAUGGUGCAUCUGAUUUCUCCGAAAAGCCCAUCCCAUUCCCAAAGAUCGAUGAAGAGAUAAGCAGUCACGAGAAAGACAAAGAUGCCACCAAGUCCAAGAAACGCGGCGAAGGCCAUCCCGGUCACAAGAGAUCGGUUUCUGGAAACAUACUAUCUCGGUUGAGCUUCUUGCGCACCAACAGCGAUCAGGACAAAGACAAGAGCGAUGGCAGCGACAAAAAUGGGGCUCAAUUGCUUCCCCGGGGUCGCGGUGCCAUGGCCAUGGCAGAAGCCCAGUUGCAGAGCAAGCGCAAGAGGAAAGGCUCUUUACGAAAAACCGUUCUCGGCAAGGGACGAGAUAGAAAGGCCUCUGACAUGAAGAAAUCCCCGCUGUCAAGUGCCAGAUCCGCGCCCGCGCAGACACCGGACCAGGACCAGGACCAGGACCAGGACCAGGCGCCCACUCCACGAGCAAGCACUGACCUCAGUCUGUCGGGCCCGGCCUCUCCAGAAUCCCCUCCAUCGUGGCCUUUUAGAACCCUCUCCAGAGUUUCCAUUCCUUCGAUUCGAAGCAGCACUGCUUCCAUUGAUCCCGCAUCCUCCGCAGCCUCGAUUGUCAGUCCUACCAUGGCCACGGACGCGUCAACCGACGAUGAGGAUCUUGUUCUCCCACAAAUGCCCUCCCUGCGCAAGAUACCCUCCGCAGCCUCCUCCUUUGGAGAUUCCUACUUUCCCAUCCAGGAUCCGGUACGCCGCAUGUUCGGCUCGCGCGCUCGCUCUCCCCUUGCCUCCCAGCCACAAUCUACAGCCGGUACGCCCCCGAAUGAGGAAGCAUGGGACUACUCGGAGACUGCGUUCUGGGGAUAUGUGAUUCUGGUAGUGACCUGGAUCGUCUUCGUAGUUGGAAUGGGCUCCUGUUUUGGGGUAUGGUCAUGGGCUUGGGACGUGGGAGAGACACCCUACGCUCCACCGGAACUGGAGGAUGAUCCAACCUUGCCCAUCGUCGGUUAUUAUCCCGCAUUGCUGGUUUUGACCUGCGUGAUGGCCUGGGUAUGGGUGGUGGUGGCUUGGGUUGGGAUGAAAUACUUCAGGCACGCGGAUUUCAAGGGCGACGAUUGA